CAGAUCUGGGCUGGGCACCAAGGGGUCUCCCUGGGUUUGGCAGCAGCUCGUUAAAUACUGGGGAGAAUGAGGCACAGACAGCGGAAGGGACGUGCCCAAAUUUAGCAGAGCUGGGGAGGGAACCGAGGAGUCCUGGCUCCCAGCCCCCCCUGCUCUAACCCACCAGAUCCCACUCCCCUCCAGAGCCCGGGAAAGAACCCAGGAGUCCUGGCUCCCAGCCCCCCUGCUCUAACCCACCAGCCCCCGCUCCCCUCCUAGAGCCCAGGAAAGAACCCAGGUGUUCGGUCUGCGAAUCUGUCCCUGCCCCCCCCUCCACCCCCGCUUAUCUCCUGCCCCGCCGGUGUCUCAUGUUGCUCCUGGGGCCAAAGUGCGUUGUCGUGAGUGGGACGUGGAUCCGGAGCGGGGAGCAGGCCCCCAGGGUGUGGACCUUGUGGUGGCUGCAUCUCGGCACAGGGCGAGGAGUCCCUGGGUGAGGAGGUGGCCGGCCAGGCCUGGGCUCUGUUCUCUCCUCCCAGCCGGGGGCUCCGUGGACCCAGGCUCCCCCCAGCAGGAUGGCGGGCGCUUUGAAGAAGCACCUUGAGUUGCUGAGUGUGUUCCAGAGUGUUAUGACCUUCCUCUUCUUCGGUGCCUUCUUCACGUCCCUGCUGUUCUACCUGCUCUUCACCCGCCUCUGGGCCAUCUCCGUGCUGUACUUCGUGUGGUGGGUGAUCGACCGCGACACCCCGGAGAGAGGUGGGCGGCGCUCAGACUGGAUGCGACGCUGGAGAGUCUGGCAGCAUAUGACUGAUUAUUACCCUAUCAAGCUGGUGAAGACGGCGGCUCUGCCCCCCGACCGGAGCUACGUGCUGGGCUCCCACCCCCACGGCAUCAUGUGCUCCGGGGCCGCAGCCACCUUCUGCACCGAGGGCCCCGGCUUCUCCCGGCUCUUCCCCGGCCUGCGGCCCAGCCUGGCGCUGCUGGCGGGGCUCUUCCGCCUGCCCCUCUACCGCGAGUACAUGAUGGGCUUCGGGAUGUGCCCCGUGAGCCGCCCUAGCCUGGAUUUCCUGCUCUCCCGGCCCGGCAACGCAGUGGUGAUCGUGGUGGGGGGCGCGGCAGAGUCGCUGGACUGCGCCCCCGGGCAGCACCGUGUCACGCUGCAAUGCCGCACCGGCUUCGUCCGCCUGGCGCUGCAGCACGGGGCCGCCCUGGUUCCUGUCUAUUCCUUCGGGGAGAACGAGAUCUUCCGGCAGCUCGUCUUCCCGCCGGGCAGCCGGCUCCGGCGCCUGCAGCUCCGCUUCAAGGACCUGACGGGCUUUGCGCCCUGCUUCUUCUGGGGGCGCGGGCCGCUGCCCUUCCCCUUGCCCAUCACCGUCGUGGUGGGGAGCCCCAUCCCUGUGCCGCACCGCCCCCACCCCACCCGUGCCGAGGUCGCUCACUACCACAAGCUCUAUGUGGGGCAGCUUUGCCAGCUCUUUGAGCGCCACAAAGUCAGCUGUGGAGUGCCAGCCUCCUGCCAGCUCACCGUGGUCUAGGGACCCCCGGCCGGGCCCCUCUGCCCCCCAUCCUGCCGGCUCCACGUGGCCUAGGCCCCUUCUCCGCUACUCCCGCCCCCCCCGCCAGUUCAGCAUCAGCGGGGGAUGCCCCGCACCUGGUCCACAGGGUCCUGCCAGUUUGACCUCGUCUCGGGCUCCUGCAACCCCCCCAUGCAGGCCCUUCCCGCUGUCCGGCUGGCUCAGGGUCACCUGCCUGGCUCUCUGCCCCCCAGCUGGGCCCUCAGGGCUGGGCUUGGGUCCCCACCUUGUCUCCCCGCUGGGGCAAAGCCAG